CAAAGAAUACGUAUGCACAGUCUAGCGACGCGGCGAGAAAAGAUUCUUUCAAAAAAUAAGUCUACAUCUGUCGCAACACGAGAGCAGACUCUGAUUGCUUUUCUCCGCAAAAUUCGAAACCAAGUCCUGUUUUUAAUUCUCUCCCUUCUGAGGAGAUAAUAUUCUUUUCUAUAAAGAAGAAUGUUCUAUACUUAUAUAGUGUUUCCUUUGUUAUAUUCUGUGAAUUGUUCAGUGUGUGGCAGCAGAUUUUAGCAACACAGUUAACCAAAAAGUGUACAGCAUGAAAACACUGGAGUUGCUGAUCCUGUUUGUACUUUAUAGAAAUGCCUUUUCUCGUGAGUCAGAUUAUGAAGGCCAUCGGCACGAAGACCCUUCCAGCAACUUCAAGAAAAACUUCUCGAGCAACUUGAUGCGACCUCAGAGAUUUACUGCAGGAACAUUACUUGGUCUCUUAGUGGCCAGCGUAGUUGUCGUGAUUGGUUCCUUCCUAGUGCUUUGGAGACUCUGCUGCGAUGUCGAGAUGGUGGUCAACAGAGAAGCGCUGAUGCCUUUGCAAAGCAUUUCACAGUCAGUCACUUCGAAAAGAAAGAGUAUAUCUCAGCAGCAACUGAUCAACCAGAGUUGCUCGAACAACCAGCAGGAUGUUGCCUAGUUUUGGUUUUUGCGCAGUAACAGGAAUGUUAUAUGUAAGAUAAUGGAAAUUCGGUAUUUGAUCAUGUCACAUAUCAUGUCGGUUUCCCUCUUAAAGAGACCGAUAGGAGAAGAAUUAAUGAACUUUUUAAUUUUAUUUUGCCUAUGCAUCUGGAAAGAAAAAGAAAAAUCUGUUUAUAAAAUAAACGAAGUCUUAAAUAUAAAAAGGACAAAUACAACGAUGGCAUAUCCAUUUGAAAGUUAAUUAUUCGCAAAGUUUAAUCUUCGUUUUUAUUAAAGAGAUGCAUCAGUAAAAUUUAUACAUAUUUUAUUUCUAACAUUUGUGUAAAUUAUUAAGAGUAUUGCUGUUAAAUAGCUCGUUUUUGCGCUGACAGAAAUGUUUAGUUAUAAUUUGUGAAAUAAAGAUAUAAAAUAAAGGUAAAAGUUUUUUGUGAA